GCCGCCUGCCACAUCUGGAGACGCUUCCCAACACGAGAAACUUCAAACUUUCGCGUUUUCCUCUGCGCAGAAACACGCAGGCGUUUGCGAAGUGUCAAUCCGUCAGGGUGAAUUUGGCUCUCUCGUGAUAGUAAGUAGAGAUUCUUGAAGCCAAGUUGGCGUUUCUCUCUGUCUCUCAGCUUUCCUUUUUUUACAUAGCGUUGGUAAACAGAGCCCGUUUGGGAGUUUCAUACAUUCAGUUGCUGUGUACGUGCCACGCUAGAUUGUGUUGUAGUUGCUUCGUGGAAAAGAAAACAACAUAAAGUUACAUAUUUCCAUGUAUGAGUGAGAAAAGAAGGAGCGGAACGCGCAGCUGUGCGUUGACUCACGCACAAAUCAAGCAAACAAAUCUAUAAAAAGUUUCUUAUUCCACGCUCGGCUCUGUCACUAGAGGAUUGUUAGUGUUAAAUGUUGAAAGCAAAGCCUGUGUGAGAGCCUGCUGCUUCACUGCACGAUAGUACAUGACUGCGUUGAUGGUGACAUGAGUCAGAGGGAAUCAAAUUGUGAAAUUCAACAGCGACUGGUGAUGGAGUGAUACAUCUCGGGUUUAUUUGUGCCCAGCGCUGAUCUAACAUUUGGAAGAGAGGACUGGAAUAAGCCAUAAGGCGCACAGCUCCAUACUGAAGUGUUUAAGUUAGUCUGAGGGGAAAUUUAAAAGACCUAAAAAUACAGCGUUGGUUUCUUCCCUACAAAGAAUCAUUUGAACUUCCCACCGCAGAGCGAGAGCGACAUAAAUAGUUCUGACAUGUGGAUGUAAUUUCAGAAGAGGAAAAAAGACAGAUGCAGAGAAAUAAAGAGAGCGGGCUGAGCCUGAGCAUAUAGUGGAUUAUAGGAAAUUAAAUCGAGGGCAGAGCGAGGCGAUUACAGAGUUAUGAUUUCACAAGCCGCCGUGAGCAUCGACAGGCCAGAUGGAGUGAAACAACAAAAGUCGCUCCACUUUGAAGAGAGUUAAGUAGAUUAUAUCAUCUCAUCUGAGCAUCAUCAGCGUCUGUUUGAGCCCCGCAAGGACUCUUGGAGGUAGAGUUGCCUCAGGUCAGGGAUGGGAUCCGCUCUGCUGCUCCACAAUCUGGACUUUCUUCUCAUCUCACUCCUCAGCAGUUUGUGCCUGGCUUACGCAGAUGAUGUGCUUACAAAAGAUGAACAGAUAGGCCUGUUGUUCAGAGCAAAACGGAAGUGUGAGGGGAACAUCAAGUCAAAGCACAAGGUUCCGGAUGGUUUCUGCUCACCAGAAUGGGACGGCAUUGUUUGUUGGCCUGAAGGACCCCCAGGAAAACUUGUAUCCACCUCCUGUCCAGAGUAUAUCCAUGACUUCAAUCAUAAAGGACUAGCAUACCGCCGGUGUGACAACAACGGAACGUGGGAGCUGGCCACAGCCAACAAGACAUGGGCCAAUUAUAACGAAUGUGCAAAAUUCCUCUACCAUUACAACCAUAGCCAUGAAAAGGACGUCUUUCACCGUCUGUAUCUCAUCUACACAGUCGGGUACUCCAUCUCUCUGGGAUCACUCAUGGUGGCUGUCGUCAUCUUGGGAUAUUUCCGACGAUUGCACUGCACCAGGAACUACAUCCACAUGCACCUAUUUGUGUCCUACAUGCUAAGAGCUAUCAGUAUUUUUGUGAAAGAUGUUGUGCUCUACUCUGGAUCGGCCUUAGAGAACAUGGAAAGAGUCACAGUGGAAGACCUCAAGUCCAUCACUGAGGCUCCGCCAGCCAACAAAACACAGUUCAUCGGCUGCAAAGUGGUUGUGACUUUGUUCUUGUACUUUCUGGCGACCAAUUACUACUGGAUCCUGGUGGAAGGUCUGUACCUCCACAGCCUCAUCUUUAUGACCUUCUUCUCAGACAGAAAGUAUCUAUGGGGAUUUACUCUGAUCGGAUGGGGAGUUCCAGCUAUGGUUGUGACAGUUUGGGCGACUAUGAGAGCCACGUUUGCAGACACAGAGUGUUGGGACUUAAGUGCAGGCAAUUUGAAAUGGAUAUAUCAAGUGCCUAUUCUGGCGGCUAUAGUGGUUAAUUUUAUGUUAUUUCUGAACAUCAUCAGAGUCUUGGCAACUAAACUUCGAGAAACAAAUGCUGGACGAUGUGACACAAGACAACAGUACAGAAAACUGUUGAAGUCCACGUUGGUGCUGAUGCCACUCUUUGGGGUCCAUUACAUCAUAUUCCACGCCAUGCCGUAUACAGAGGUGUCUGGAGUUCCCUGGCUGAUACAGAUGCACUAUGAGAUGCUGUUCAACUCCUUCCAGGGAUUCUUAGUCGCAAUUAUAUACUGCUUUUGCAACGGGGAGGUGCAAGCUGAGAUCAAAAAGGCCUGGAGCAGGAGGACUCUGGCCCUGGACUUCAAAAGGAAAGCUCGGAGCGGCAGCAACACUUACAGCUAUGGACCUAUGGUGUCACACACCAGUGUUACUAACGUCACUGCCAGAGGGCCGCUGGCCCUGCACCUCACCACGAGACUGGGACCGGUGCCUGUGAACGGGCACAGGAACCUCCCCGGGUACGUGAAGAACGGCUCUGUCUCUGAGAACUCUAUACCCUCAUCGGGACAGGAGCUUCACAUUCCUGAUGAGGAGCACUCUGCUCAUACACGGCCCUGCGAGAACGAGAAACCCUCACCUGUGGUGGAGGAGGAGAGGGAGACAGUCAUGUGACCUCCAGGCCGCUGUGUAUAGGGAUGAAACCUGGAAAAAAUAAAUAAAUCAAGGAACAGUCUCAGGAUGGUCUGAAGGGGACGGCUGCAUGCGUCAACACUGCCAGUUUUUUCUCCUGUGAAUCAAGCCAGAACAUUGCCGACUGAUGCUCAAGGCAAAAAGGGUGUAUCACUUAUGUGAGCUGGGCCGCCUCGUAUUUGAGGGAUGAUGACCCUCACUGUUGUGGCAAAAUACUUUCAACUCUCAUCAACCACCUGCCACAGUGAAUGUGUGAAGGGAUGAAAACAGACUGCCGUUUCUUGUUUCUUUUCCACUGCCAUAACUGUUGUUAUCUUGCUUUCUGUACGCUUCUUUGGAAAGUGUCUUGUUCUCAGCUUUGUGCAUAAAUAAAACGGGGGUUAGUUACAGUGUAGUUGCCAGGAACAGCCUUAAUCACCUUCGUAAAGCCAGGUGGAUCUUGAGUGCACUUAGUGAAGUACGUGUGGGCAGUUUCAUCAGCAAGUUUUCAGAUUAAGUCAGCGUGAGAAGACUAAGUGUAGGCUCAGCUUAAAAUUCUUUUAAUGCUACUAUUUUGAAGUGUCCAUUCAUGCUUUCUGGCAUGGGUUCUCAUUCGUUCUGCAUUGACUUAAAUCCACUUCAGUGUAAAAGGGAAGGUACUCAGGUAAUUGAAGUCCUCUGUUGUUGCACACCUAUUUUUAUACUUUAAAGUGGUGUUUUGGCAUGGUCAGCAUCUCUCUGAGGGUGUGUUAUAUAAGGCUGUGUCAGUUUGUUGUUUUUCUAAAUGUACAGUUUCUGCUGUUUAGAAGGACCAAGUAUUCAUCUCUCUAAUUACAACAGAUUUUGAAGAGUUCUAAUGAAUGUUUCAUAUUCAAAUUUUCUCCUAAAAUACCUUCACACACACUCACACACAUACACACACAAUACGAUGCCAAAGUAGGAAUAUUUCUUUGAAGACUGUCUCUCUCUCUCUCUCUCUGUGGGUUCAGUGUUAGCUGAGGUAAAGACGAACGUUAUGGAAAUCUGACAAAAACAGUAUCAUAUGUUCCCACAGAGUUUUCAAAGGAGGAGACCCCAUUUUAAAAACACAGGGUGCAGGAAACGGUCAUAUAUUCCAGUGGAAUGUUAAUUAAAUGAGGAUUCCAAGAAAAUCUCAAAUUCAGCUGGAAUUCCAAGAGUGACAUUUGUGGUGGAUAUGAAGGAAAACCCCAGAAAUGAAUAACACACAGUAAUUUUUACAAAUGGUUCAGUGUUAUGCUGCUUUUUGAUGUGUAUAUACAAGUCACAAUGUUUACAAAGAUCAGAAAUACAUUCUAAUUGUGAGCUAAUAGUGUUCAUGUGUAUGGAUAUGUUAUAAAGCUAUGUUUCAGUGUUUUUUUAUUUCCACGUGUUUGUUUACAAAAUGUUUGCAAUAUUUGAUUAUGUACAUAGUCCAAAACAAAACUGGUGAAUAUAUGUACAGGUGAUGGAGGGCAUUCAAACUAGCAUUUAAUGAAGCAUUCCACAAGAUAUGUUAAUCUCUGUAACUUGUAAUUUACCGCACUUAACCUGCAUGGUUUGCAGUUUAAGUUUAGGAGACCUGUUAUACCAAAGAGAAAAGGCGCAAUACGCUGCCACAGAGAAAAGGGUUGGAGGGUUUUUUUUGCAGUAUUUCUUUCUAUUUUCAUCCACCAUCUUGUUUACAGUGACCAAAAAGUCUUAACGUUGCAGUAAAAUCGUCUCAGACAAAAAAAAGAAUUUGCUACUGGUAGUUAGUGUUGGAAAAUGUCGAGAUUAAAAUGUUGAAAUAGAGCACCCCCACAGAUUGAAGUUUCUUUAUAGAUGUUCAGUUUCAUGUAAACAGCAGUGAGGCAAAUGGGGAAACCAUUCACAACACUCAGUAGCUUAGUAACAAUGGACUGAGAUCAUUCAUACUGAAGGCUCCACUCGGAUUUUGUACUGAAAAUUGUCUCAAGAGCUAAAUUAGUCCCUGUUUGGUUUGGACCAAUGUGUCUGAUGGAGUUGUGAUUUAGAUCACAUUCAGCUUAAUAGAGUUUUACCUCACAUUCAUUUUAGUUUGUGACCAAAGCUAAUAUUUUCCCAGUGUUAUUCCACAUUUUUUCUCAUAUCAUACAAUAGUGACCACCUUUGGAUUGUAGGCGCUUUUGCCCUCCUGCUGUUGUGGUCGAAAGCAUUCUGGUUUCACUUCAUAGUCCAAGUAGUAUUGACCAAUCACGUCUGAGUUGGCUUUAGUCGCCUGCAGGCAAACAGUCCACGUGGAGCGCAAAAGAGACAGAACACACUGAAAUGCAAUCUCGGACCCAUCAGUAAUCAUGUGUGUGUAGAAUUAGCUGCAAUGUUGACUGGACCUGUAAACAAUGAGUGACACAGUGAGCGAUGAAGUCUUGGCCGUUACCUCCAGAGGCUUCAUCGUUGUCAGGUGAUCACUGAUGGGUUCUGAGAUUGUCCAUUUUGUGAUAUAGAGUUUUUCUCCACCUGAUGGUAGAUCCAUUGAGGUGUGUGUCUGUUCCAGUUUGUACUGCCUACAAGUUCAUCCAGCUAAUUUACACUGCAUCUACAGGAGUACGUAACACUAAAGUUAAUUCAUAUUUUUGCUAAAUAAAUCAGACAACUUUACGAACUGUCUCCACUGUUGUGUAAAGGAUAAGUCUGUUAAUAUUACGUAUUUUUCUCAUCAACAAAUUCCAUGAAAAUACCAAAACCAACAAUGAACUGACUUAUACAGAAAGUAUAUAAUGAUAUAGCUCAUUCCUCUGUGCCAUACACCUCUAUUGUGUCUCAAUAACAAUCAAAAACACAAUAUAAAGGCACACUGUGUGCUGGGUGACAUUUAAAUUUGUGAACAAGGGCACUGUAUAUUUUUUUUGUGUCAAUCUCACAAACGCCUCGUGUGUGCCUAAAUACUCCCUAGCACACCACGUGUAUUAAUCAACCCGGCCUCACUCUGAAGUCGUCGAAAUCUGGCACUUAGGCAGUGACUUGCGGCGCAGCCGGUUGUGGUUAUAGUUUAACGGUGCUGGGCAAUGUCGGGGAAACGUGGCGGGACAAGAAUGAAAGUUACGGCAGCGAAAGUCCAAGUAGGGCAGGAGGGAAAGGUGGUGGAUGAGUCCAACAAACACUAAAUUUCACCUGGAGAGCGGUGUUCGCAUCCCGUAAGAUUAUAUCGCCAAAUUUAUUUAUAUAUGGCUAAACGUAACCACGUGCUUUUGUUGUCUAAACCCAACCACGUGCGUUAGUUGUUGGAGGAAAAAAAAUUGCAGAAAAUUUGCAUUGUUCUACUAACAUAUUGCACUUAUUUUGAAAGAGACUGUAUGUAAAAGGUAAAUUUCUUGUGAAAACUGAAGUGUAUUUUGAAACGGCGUCCCAGAACGUCAACAACCAACGCACCCAGGGUACCAUUCACAUCGUAUACGGAUGUGGAAGGUCCAUGACCAAACAUCGAUAUGUGAAAAAGUCGCAGGAGUGAGAAUGUGUUGUAUCAAUCUGCUGAAAACAGUUCCCAACAAAUGCGCCAUUUCCUCAUGAUUGAGAAACGUUUGCUAAAAGCUACAGUGCCCUAACCUGGAUCCAGAUGCCCCGCCCCCAACAAAUUCUAAUUUGCACUGCACGGGGAUCUGGCCCCGAUGAGCAGAGCCCGCUGAAUCGCCUAUCGGACCAAUCAGAUCUACCUGCGAGAGGCGGGCUCUGGGCAGGCGUAACAUUAUGAGGACAACGAGUCUUAAAGUAAACAGCCAAGAUGGCAGCUGCCAAAGGACCAUGUCCAUUCAAUUAGCUUUGGAAGAAACACUAAGCCAACUACACUUUUCUUUAUCCUUGAGAGAGGAACAGAGGACUGCCCUAGAAGCUUUUGUUUCCAAGAAGUUAGCCCCACUGGUCGGCAAACAAAUGGGGCUCAGUGCAACGAAUACGUCACCUUGUUUUUUACUCUGAUUGGCCAUCGUGCUAUCCAAUUCCUUACGGCGACAUCUGAAAUGUCUCAGUUAGUGUCACCCCUUGGGUAGCAAGGCUGUAUCGGUGAGGGCCAGACUCAAAAUCUUUCCAGAUUUGAGUCUGGAUUUCCAGGGUAACAGUGCCCUGCUGUUUAUUGAUAUCCGUCACCUGUUUCAAAAGAUUUGGAAACACGUAAGAGACAAGGACAUGGUAGGAAAGUACUGAGGGAUGGUCUAGCACAUUGAUGGUUUGGGUAUUUUCACGGCAUUUCUUGGCAAUAAGAAAAAUCUAGACCAUUAUACAACAGCUCACCAUUAGCAGAUGAAUUCUGAGAAGUGCAUUCUGGCUCUUCAGUGACUUCAACUUCAACUUGAACAUUUCCAUGGGGGUCAGUCAUUAUUGUAACUUCAGGUUGAGUCUGUGACUACAACAAGUUAGCGCUGGCUGCAGAGCACAGUGACCGAGGUGGAGGGGAACUUUACAAUACAGCAUCUUAAUGUCUCUACAGAUAUUUUUCAUAUUUAACUGGCUCAUUUUAGCUGGUAUUCAUUACAUUUCUCACAACUCUGGAAACUGUAUUCUGAAUCUGUGCCCCAUUCAGGAAUACAGUUGUACAGCAUAUAAAAAAUGCAGUUGACUGAGGCAGCUGCUCAAAUUCAAUCUGUCACUGUUGCCGUUGUGCAAAUAAACAUAUUACCUUGAGUGUAAAACAGUUUUUAUUAUAAAAAAAAAAAGGUGGCUUGUAUCAGAACAUGAAAAUCUUUUUAUAAAAAAGAAAAAAAAAAAGGUGGAAAAUUAUAUUUGAGCACUUUAAUACCCUAUCAUACAGUAGUACUUUGUUCUGAUUGUAUCAUGUAAAAUGAUUGUGUUUUGGAAUCAAGUGUACAAUAAGGCCAAUAAUCAUAGAGCUAAUGUUGUAAUUCAUUGUUUUCAAAUACCUCUCGUGGAAGUAUAAAAUGUGUGUCGUUGUUUUUUAUUUAUCUCGUGCUGAAAUGUACUCAGUGGAGUCGGCAUUGGUCUUCAUGCUUUAGGUAACAGUAUGUGGGCAGUGUUUGCUGAGACACAUCUCGCCUUCUCAUCACUCUACAGUGAUUUAGGCCCGUUGUAGAUAUUAGUGGAAACUAAAAUAGGAAGAUGUUUUCUGGUCUCUAAUGUUCUUCAGUGAAUUGUGAAUAAGACAAUAAAUCUGU